AAAACCCAUACUCACACCCAACCCACACCCACACCCCACAUUCACACCCACACACCCACACCCACCCACACCCACACCCACACCGCACACCCACACCCACACCCUUAUCCAAGCUACACAUAUUUUUACAAUAAUAUUUGGCCAGUUAUUACUAUUCUUAGUGUUACAAUUAUCCCAGCAAGUUUUAUGGUAUUUUGUCUUAUAGCUAUAAUUAUAAAUGUACAAACACGUCGAAAUCGAGUUAUUACUAUCGAACAAACAAAUGAAAAUCAACAAGAAAGACGGCGUGCACAUUUUCUUCAUCGACAAAUGUUUAUACUUAUGUUUGCUGCUCUAAUGUUAUUUUUUCUUACAACAUGUCCUAUUGCUUUAUUUUAUUUUGCGAUUGCUACAUUGAAUAUUCAACAGCCAUUUUCUUUUAAACUUAUGUUAAUAUCUAUAUUGGAUUUCGUAACAACAUUAAAUUAUUCAUUAAAUUUUUAUUUACAUUGUUUAACAUCAAAAUUAUUUCGAAAAGAAUUUUUUCAAUAUUUUCCGUGCUCAAUUUCAAUUGCUUUUCGGCAAUCAAAUCAAGCUUCUAAUGUAACUCAUACUCAACGAUAUUUAACUCGAUAA